AUGUCGUUGUACCUGGCACCCGCGAGCGAAGCCGACGCCGACCGCUUCGCCGCCAUCGAGCACGCCGCCCUCCCGGACGACGCCACCAGCGCCGCGCUCUUCCCGGGACCCUUUGCCUCGGACGGCGGGCCCUCGCGCGGCGACCAGCUGCGCGAGCACCUCCGGAGCGACCCGGACUGCCGCUGGGUCAAGGUCGUCGACCGCGCGCUCGAGGAGGCGCCGGGCGCACGCCCCGGCGACGCCAUUGUCGCUUUUGCCGUGUGGUACUUUUGGGACAAGCAGGGCAAGCCGCUCCCCGCGUCCGUCUGGGGACCGGGAACCAACGCCGCCGCGUGCGAGCUGUACUUUGGCGGGCUGGACAAGCGCUGGGAGGACGAUGUCGGCAGCAAGCCACAUGCUUAUCUCAAGUUUGUGCACACGGAUCCCAAGCACCAGCGCCGAGGAGCCGGACGCAUGAUGAUGGACUGGGGCACCAAAGAGGCCGACGACAAAGGCCUGGCGUCGUACGUGCAAGCCUCGCCCGAGGGCCGCGGGCUCUACGCAAAGUAUGGCUUCCAGCUCGUCGACAUGUUCGCCGUUGACCUGUCCCCAUGGGGCGGGCCGGCCCGCGACGAGACGGCCAUCAUGAUUCGGCCUGUCGGAGCUGCCCAUGCCUAA